AUAUUGAAGUAUGUCUUCCUAUUACUACAACUCCUCAACCUUAAGAACGCUCUCUUCGCCUGGCACAUCCGGUUCUGGUCGUUAGGGAUCCACCACAUCCUCUCUUACUACGUCCCCGCGCUCCGACCCAAAGCUCAGAUCCUCCACUCUUCCUCCUCUUCUCGUCUUUUCGAUGCAUACACCUACAAUUCCCAAGCAACAUUGGGCGAUAUCGAUUUUUACUUGCACAAGUCGAACUCGACAUACGCUGCGGACUUGGACUGCGCCCGCUUCGAUUUCCUGAUGCACCACUUCCGCACAUUCUUCUCCGACCCGCGGUUUAAAGGCGUAUAUAUUCCCCUCGCUGGAAUCUCCUUCGUUUUCAAAAAACAGAUUGACCCGUUCGAGCGGUAUCACAUUAACACCCGUAUCCUCACUUGGGACUCGAAGUGGUUGUUUUUGGAGUCGAGGUUUGUGGGGUUGGAUGGGAGUGUAAGGGCUGUGGGUGUGAGCAAGUAUGUGUUUAAGAAGGGGAGGAAGACGAUUCCUAUUCAGGAUGUGUUGUCUACCUCGGGACUU